GGUGAUCUACUAAUUUGAGUAGUUGUUUGUCUGUGUCCACGUUUCUCUCUCUAUAUAUAUUGGAUUUUUUCUUUUUUUCUCGGAAAAUUAUAGUUUUUAUCUGGUGAUUGGGCUUAAUACAAACCACCAAACGGCUAUACAAGCCAGGGAGCGAGAGAGAGGGAAAGAGGGAAGGAGAGGGAUCGUGGGAUUUACAGUUACCGGAUUUUUCUAUUAGGAAUUUGAGGGUGCUGGUUGAAGAGGGGAGAAAAGGUGUUUGAUCUGGGUUUUGAGGAUCUCUCUCAAUUUUGCUUUGAGAGAGAGAGAGAGAGAGAGAGAGAGAGAGAGGUUUAAACAGAGAAUUUGAUUGAGCAUUUGUGUUUUUUUUGGUCAAUUUGUAGAGUGGUAUUACAACUUGAUCAUAGAAAUUUGGUGGUGGUAAUCAUGUCUGAUGGGUAUUACAGUUCGAAGAAGACUGAUGAUAAAUGCGAAGACGUUUGUGGCCAGCAGGCCUCCCGUGCAGCUUUGACCAUGUCAAGAGUGAAGUGUAUUUUGAAAGGACUGGAUUUGAAGACCUAUAUAUUCUUGUUUGCAGUUGUUCCUUUAGGAAUUUUUGGAUUGUGUUUGCAUGGCCAGAAGAUCUCCUAUUUCUUGAGACCAUUAUGGGAAUCUCCUCCAAAGCCCUUCCGGAUAAUUCCUCACUACUAUCAUGAGAAUGUUUCAAUGGAGACGCUUUGCAAGCUUCAUGGGUGGGGGAUUCGUGAAUCACCAAGACGAGUUUAUGAUGCAGUUCUAUUCAGUAAUGAAGUAGAUAUUCUUACAAUUCGAUGGAUGGAACUGUAUCCUUACAUAACCCAGUUUGUACUUCUUGAAUCAAACUCAACAUUUACUGGCCUACCCAAAUCAUUGCUCUUUGCUCGUAAUCGUGAUAAGUUUAAAUUUGUAGAGUCCCGUCUGACUUAUGGAACAAUUGGGGGGAGAUUUAGGAAAGGGGAAAACCCCUUUGUGGAAGAGGCAUAUCAGCGAGUAGCCCUGGACCAGCUUAUUAGAAUAGCAGGUAUAGAAGAUGAUGACUUGUUGAUAAUGUCUGAUGUUGAUGAGAUCCCUAGUGCCCACACAAUUAAUCUCUUGAGGUGGUGUGAUGACAUCCCGCCUAUCCUUCAUCUUCAGCUGAGAAAUUACUUGUACUCUUUUGAGUAUUAUGUAGAUAGCAAGAGCUGGCGAGCUUCAGUUCACAGCUACCGGACAGGGAAAACUAGAUAUGCGCAUUAUCGACAGGCAGAUGUCCUCUUGUCAGAUGCUGGUUGGCACUGCAGCUUUUGUUUCCGCUACAUUAGUGACUUCAUAUUUAAGAUGAAAGCUUACAGCCAUUAUGAUCGGGUGAGAUUCUCUCAUUACUUGAACCCUAAAAGAGUUCAGGAAGUGAUUUGUAAAGGCACUGACCUAUUUGACAUGCUUCCUGAGGAAUACACAUUUAAGGAGAUCAUAGGGAAAAUGGGUCCUAUUCCUCGAUCUUACUCGGCAGUUCACCUUCCUUCGUAUUUAUUGAAUAAUGCUGAUAAGUACAAAUAUCUCUUGCCUGGUAACUGCCAGCGAGAACGUGGCUGAACUGCUGAAAUUUCUCACGAAAUGAGGCAUGUUUUGUAAAUGUUGGAGGUGCAUAUUGUUCUUCUUUGCACCAAAAAGGGCUGUAUUAGACACAAUCAAUGGUGAUGGUGUGAUAAUGGUGCAGCUAUGCCUUGUAUCCAACAAAUCCAUGUCAUUCUUUAGGGUGAUGUAGGGAUGAGCCUGAUGUGUUCUUGGAGUAAGAGUGGACACACUGUGUAUUCCUUUCUGUGGUCAUGGAUUUCUUCCGUUUUGGAGGCAGGUCCAAUUUUUCCAGGGGAUAUCUUGUUGUGAACGAGGACUAGCUUUUAUGGCUUUGGUUGACAUGCAUGCCACCUUUUGCCGGUAUGGCAGAUUAAUUUUCUCUGUAACCGGAAUUCAUAAUAGCACCUGUAGUGGUAACAGCUUUAUGAUUUUCAAUAAAUAUUAGGGUCGAUUCAUCCGUCAA